AUGCCUGAAGAAUCUGAGAUGUCUGAAGCGACGAUUCCAAAUAAUCGUAAUAACUUACAACAAAAAAAUAAAAAAAGAGAAAGGAAAAGAAGAACUUUUGAAGGCAUAUCUACAGAAGAGAUUCCGUAUCCAAAAAAAUCAAAAAUGACAAGUGAUUUACAACUAAAGGCUGAUGAUAUAGAAAUUACACACUCUACAAAUUCGCAAUUACACACUGUAAUUGAAAAUAUACGGAUGAUUAGUCAUGCUUUGGAAUUACCUGAUGUACCAAUGUGGGUUACAUAUGAUCUUGCCAUUGCAAAAGUUGCAUACCAAAUACAAGCCAUGGAAAAACCUCAUUUUGAUAACUUAUUCAUACAUUUAGGACCGUUUCAUAUAAUGAUGGCUUAUUUUAAAGCAAUCGUGCCAUUGUCCAUGUGCCAUUUGGAUGGAACUAUUUGCAAAACUGAUAAAUCUGCUUUGAUGAAAACUUUAGAGAAAGAGGUCCAACACGAGCAACCUCGUCAUAUUGAUGUUCUAAUAAUUGAUGGUUUUUUCUUAUUGCAUACGAUGAAAAAUGUUCCAAAAAACUUUGGAAAUAUUUCAAAAAAAAUGUUGCAAAUAGUCACUCAAUUGCAAGCAUCGAGAAUUGAUGUUAUCUUUGAUCAGUACUUUACCCCAUCGAUCAAAGAUUAUGAACAUUCACAGCGAUUUGAAUGUGCACAAUUAGAGUUUACGAUAACUGGCCCUGAGCAAGUUAUACCAAGUGAUUUUACAAAAGCAUUGAAAAAUUUUAAUUUUAAAGAAGCUCUUGUUGAUUUCUUCAUUUCACAUUGGGCUACUGAUGAAGUGGUGCCAUUUAUUCGAAAUAAAAUUAUAAACAUUAAUUUCAGACAAAGUCAUUCAUUUACUGUUAAUAGUUCUAAUCACGUCGUUUCAAGUGUUGAUGAAGAGUUGUCAUGCCCAGAACACGAGGAAGCAGACAAUAAGAUAGUAUAUCAUGCGUGUAACAUCAACUAUCAAGCAAAUAUAGUAAUCAGAAGUGUUGAUACUGAUAUUGCUGCUAUAAUACUUGGGAACAUGCAUCAUCUUAAAAAUAAUUCACGUGUUUGGAUGCUUACAGGUACCGGAAAUAACUUAAGAUAUGUUGACCUAACCAAAAUUCACGCAGAGUUGGGAGAAUCUAUUUGUCGUAGCUUACCUGGGUUUCAUGCAAUCACAGGAUGUGAUUGUAAUCCUGCAUUUUUCAGAAAAGGAAAAUUAAAACCUUAUAAAAUAUUAAAAAAACAUCAAGAGUACCAGAAAGCUUUCAUGAAAUUCGGUAACAAUGAAUUAAUUGAAGAUAAUGAUGAACAACAAAACGUUUUUAAUAUUGUUCAGAAGUUUAUAUGCAACGUAUACAAUGUCGGUGGUAUAAUUGAUGUUGAUGCUGCGCGCCUUCAAAUAUUCAUCGAUUCAUAUACGGGGGAUCAGCUACCAAAUUAUGUCAGUGAUUCGUUACAAAUUAUAUCAGAAACUGACGAAGAAGGCGAUUUGGACAUCAAUCAAGCGGACUGGAGUAGUAGUGACGAGGAUGAUGAAGAUAUCGACGACAACAAUGAAAAUUCUGAGCAUUAUUAA